AUGCCGUCCAGGAAAAAAACAGUCAUGUUUGCAUCUGCUUUUGUCAGCUGUGUUUUCUCUUUCGCGCUGGUUUGCACUGCGCUGGGGACCCAGCAGUGGAUGAGCAGCAACGUUCACUUUUCUGACACGAACUCCAACGCUACCGUGAGCCUCACCUACGGACUUUUUCGUGGCACCUGUAAACAAUCCAUUGAUGCAGGGCUCCAGGUUUCAGAAAAGGAUUUCAAAGUUGAAGAGAACCUCAGCACCACCCAAACGAGAAGCACCAACUCUGCCAUUGUGGCCAUUCUGGCUCUCAGUUUAGUGGUCUCCUUUUUGAGUUGUGUGUUUACCUGCACCAAUGCUGUCAGUAAUCCCUACAGGACCUUCCUGGGACCCAUCGGAGUCUAUACCUGGAAUUCCUUCUGCGGUAUCUUCAUAUUUCUAGCCAUGAUACUUUUUCCCGUGAACGUACAACACCACAACCUGUCUUUAGAACUGGCUCGAGGAUGUUUCUCCUUCCUGCAGACACACACCAGCUCUGCACACAGUUAUGGAUAUUCAUUUUGGAUCAUGCUGCCCAUCCUUUUCCUGAACAUUGCUUCUAUCACCAUCAUAUGUUUCUACGAGCACGCAAGGUAUUCUAAGAAGAAGGAACGGGAGAGACCCAUUGAAAGUGCACCAAAAGAUGUCAUUCUCUUUUAA